AUGGAGGUAUUAAAGGAUGCACGGGUCAAGAAGACCAUGUCUGACAUUGGUCCUUACUAUUCCAAACUUGUUAAAGAAUUCAUAGUGAAUUUCCCAAAAGGGUUUAACGAUGCUGGGAGUAAGGAGUUUAGGAAGGAAAUAACUGGAAAUUUUCAUGAUAAUUGGCCUACUAAAGGAUUGUUCACUCUAUCAAGUCUUAGUGUGAAGUAUGUUAUCCUCUAUAAAAUAGGCGUUGCUAACUGGGCACCUACAAACCAUGGUUCACGUAUCACCUCAUCUCUUGAAAGUUUACUUUAUCAAAUAGGUACAAUAGUUGCAUUUGAUUUUGGUGAGUGUGUGUUUGAGCAAAUUUUAAAACAAGCUGAAUCGUUUAUUGUAAAAAUGCCUAUUACUUUUUCUUCAUUGAUUACGGACAUUGUUCUCCAUAACCUUCCCAACUUCAGUGAAGUUGAUUUGUCAUUUGGUGCAAAUCUUCCUAAGGUCCCUCCCAUGUCAGGAGUUUCUAGGAGACACAUGCUGAAGGAACUUGUGCAAGUGCCAAAGAAUCUACAAGAGAUACUUACCACCUUAACAACUAGGAAGAUUAAGGUUUAUGAACUCAUUCAAAUGAUGAACCCAAGAGUGUCUACUGCCUCCACCUCUCAAGAUGUAGAACAUGUUGUUGAAAAGGAAGCAGAGACAUCUAGUGAAGAUGAUGUGCAUAUCGAUUGUGAAGAUGGUGGAAAUGAUAAAGAUAUGGAGUAUGAAUUUGUCUCUGAUGGUGACUCGCAAUAUCAAGCUUUUGAAUGA